AAUUUUUUGAGCCAAUCAAACGUGUUCCAUCGACGGCCGAGCCAAUCAACACGGACGUUUGCACCUUCCGAAAGCCAUGACCGGGGCGACGACAACCAUCGCCCGCAGUGACUGCGUCGCGCUCGACGCGUCCGACAAGCUCGCAUCGCUCCGUGACCUCUUUUCCCUUCCGCCCAACCAGAUCUACCUCGACGGCAACUCGCUCGGGGUGCUGCCCACGGCCACGUCCGGUCGCCUUCAGGCGGUCAUCGCCGACGAGUGGGGCACGGACCUCAUCCGCAGCUGGAACAGCGCCGGCUGGAUGGACUUGCCCAACCGCAUUGGUGACAAGAUCGGAACGCUUAUCGGCGCGUCGCCCGGUCAAGUGAUCGUUGCCGACUCGACGUCGGUCAACCUCUACAAAGUCCUCAGUUCCGCGCUGGCGCUCCAGCGCGCUGACGCGACCAAGACGACCAUCUUGUCGGAUGCGAGCAUGUUUCCCAGCGACCUCUACGUCGCCGAGGGCUUGGCCAAGACGUGGAACCUCGAACUACAGCUCGUGCCAACGUCCGACCUCCUCGCAGCGAUUGGUCCCCACACGGCGGUCGUGCUUCUCACGCCCGUGAGCUAUCGGACUGGCGAGCUCCUCGACAUGCACCAAUUCACGUCCGUGGCCCACAGCGCUGGUGCACUCAUGGUCUGGGACCUCGCACACUCGGCGGGCGCCCACGUCGUCGACUUGCUCGGGUGCGACGCGGACUUUGCGAUCGGGUGCGGCUACAAGUACCUCAAUGGCGGCCCCGGCGCGCCUUCGUUUGUAUGGGCCCAUCCUCGACACGUCAACGCUGUCUCGCAGCCGCUGCAGGGCUGGCUUGGCCACGACGCGCCCUUCUCAUUUGCGACGUCGUACGUGCCAGCGCCCGGCAUCCAGCGCUACGUGGCGGGAACACCGCCCGUGCUCAGUCUCGCGGCGCUCGAAUGUGGUGUGGAUACAGUCCUGGCUGCCUCGCCGCUCGGCGGUAUGCCAGCCCUUCGGCGGAAAUCGCUGGCGCUAACGCGCCUCUUUAUCGACUGCAUCGCCGAGCGCUGUGGAAAUGCGUUCGAGGUGGUGACGCCGACCGAGGAUACGCGCCGGGGUAGUCAAGUGAGCUUGCGCUUGACGCGCGGUACCGGCCAGAAUGCGUACGCGAUCGUCCAGGCGCUCAUCGCCGAGCACAACGUCGUUGGCGACUUUCGCGCGCCGGACCUCUUGCGCUUCGGGUUCACGCCGCUCUACACGCGGUUUGUCGAUGUGUUUGACGCCGUAUAUGCCAUUGCGAGCGUGCUCGAGACGCGCGCGUACGAAGCGCAGGUGUACCAAGUGCGCGCCAAAGUGACGUGAGACGACAGACAACAACGACGAGCGCUUGGUUCGAUGGAGAAGUCUAGGACUCGUGAGCUGAGUGCAAACAGGAGAAUCAAUACAUCGUGCUGAAUGGAUGUAUCGAUGAUUAGUCGAUGA